GGUAGUCGCGGAAGCGGCCGGCGGGAAUGCUCUGAACCUCAUUUUGGGAGGAAUCAAGUGCUUAUAAUAUGAUGAGAAAAGAUGGAAAACAAUGUUAUCAAUCCCUGAAGAACAUGAACAUUUUUAAUCGGGCACCAUAUUUUAAAUAGUUCUUGGCAUCAUAAAUGGUGCAUAUCAAAGCAGAGAUUGAUAAAAAUGGAACGUUGGAUUUUCUACAAAUGCUUAAUGGAAAGAUCUGCAAAAGACAAUUGCACCUGUCUUGCAUCAAAUUUGGAAGAAAUUUAUACAUUUAUUUGUUAAGUUAAAUUUCAGUUCAUAUAUAAUAAAUUAGAUCAUAAGCAGAAUAAAAAGAGAGCCUUUGUGGAUACUUGUAUUGAACAUGACUCAUGGAGAAGAUCUUGUCUCUGAGAUGCACCAGGAUUCCAUUGUUCUAACUUACUUAGAAGGAUUACUAAUGCAUCAGACAGCCGGAGGUUCGGGUUCUGUGGUUGACAAAAAGCCUACUAGUAAUGCUGAAGAUCAGAAUUUCAGUGUUUCUGGAAAUGCAUCUCCCAGCUGUCAGAGAGAUGGUGUUCCUAACACACAUACAUAUAGAAGUUCUGGCAUGUUGCAUCAUAAAAAGGCAAGACUGCUACAGUCUUCUGAAGACUGGACUGCUGAAAACAAAGGGCGAUUGUCUGAUUCUCUUGUGGAUAUAAAUGAGAAAAAAGAAGCAUUGUUGGCUGGCAUGGUUGAAAAUGUGCCUAAAAGCAAGCAAGAUAGCACAUUGCUAGCUUCCUUACUACAGUCAUUUAGCUCUAGGUUGCAGAGUGUUGCUUUGUCACAACAAAUUAGGCAGAGUCUUAAGGAGCAAGGAUAUUCCCUCAGCGAUGAUUCUCUGCAAAUGGAGAAAGACUUGAGGUGCUAUGGUGUUGCAUCCAGUCACUUGAAGACUCUGUUGAAGAAAAACAAAUUGAAAGAUGAAAAACUGGAGACUGGUCUGCCAGAGCUAACAACUAACCUAGUUCAAGAUCGGUUUAAAGAAUCUACACAUUCAGGACAGAGUGGUUCAAAAGUGAUGAAUGAAUCACUUUCUUGUGCUGCAAGAUUACAAGCUGUUGCAAGCAUGGUAGAAAAAAGAUCUAGUCCUGCUGCAUCUCCUAAACCCAGUGUUGCCUGUAGCCAACUUGCUUUGCUUCUUUCAAGUGAAGCACACUUGCAGCAGUAUUCCAGGGAACAUGCUCUAAAAGCACAAAAUGCCAAUCAAAUUGCAAGUGAGAGACUUUCAGCUAUGGCAAGGUUAAAAGAAACUGUUCCAAAAGAUGUUGGUCAUUUUAAACUAUCAAAAGGAAUGGAAAGCCAUCUGAAUGGUCAGGCAAGAUUUUCAAACAAAACAAUAACCAAUAAAAGCAAUAUCACAAAUUUUCAGAGUCAUAUGGGCAUAAUUCAUUCAUCUCCUAAAAUUAUAAGCUACAAGACAUUGGAAAAAAGUCAUAUGAAGCCACCUACCAACAGUAGUUUACUUUUGCACCUCCUGAAAAAUCACAGUGCUACUAAACAGAAUAAGCGAUAUGAACAAAAUGACAGGUCCAGCAUUUUUGAGGAAAGCAGUACACCAACUACUGUUGAUGAAUACUCUGACAACAACCCAAGUUUUACAGAAGAUGAUAGUAGUGAUGAUGAAAGUUCCCAUUCAAAUUGUCUUCCUAUAGAUUUGUCUUUCAAACAAAAAACAAAUACUCCAGAUUCAGGGCAAUCAGCUUCUCUAGACAAUUUAACUCAAUCCUUAUUUCAUAAUUGGGAAUCAAAAGUCCCAUGCCUGGAAAAUAUAGAAGAAAAGGAUCCCUCUAAAAACACAAAAUUGAAUCCACAUCAAAAAGUAACUUUACUCCAGUUAUUACUCGGCCAUAAGGAUGAAGACACAACAGCAAAAGUUAAAGAAACCAAAGGAACAUUAGUUCCAGCUGAUGUGGCAAAAUUUAAUUUUCCAAUGAGUAACAGAACUCCUGUCACUGACUCCUCUAGUACUAAUCGAAUAAUUCCAGUACAUACUCCUCCUUUACUAACUUCUGCAAAAGCAGAUUCACCUAUCAACCUUUCACACAAUUCUCCUUUAAUGAUAAAAUGUAAUUCACCACCAUAUACUUGCAUCAUACAGCCUGAGAGACUAAAUAAUCCAGCUUCUAAACACUUGAUAGAUCUUACUAUACACAAAGAACUUCAUGGAAGUAAACAGAACAAAAAAGAAACUUUACAAACAUCUUCAUCUUUCAGUGCAAGUAAACUAUUGCAAAACUUAGCUCAAUGUGGGAUGCAGUCUUCCAUGUCAGUGGAUAACCAAAGACAAACAAGCAAACAACUGAUGACUCUUAACACUGAGAAACCAGUAGGGUUGAUAGAUGGACUAAAUACUUCCCUACUUCCUAACACAUCAUGUACACUUGAAGAAAACAGAAUGCUCACUAAUCAGUUUCUCCCAGGAGAACAAAAACUUCCUGGUUCAGAAAUCCAGAAUCUGCUGGAACGACGCACUGUGCUCCAGUUACUUCUGGGAACCUCCAACAAAAAUAUGAGUGAAACAAAAGAGAAAAUGUUUUUAAAAGAAGAGAGCGUACAAGAUCCAACAGAAAAAGUUUUGAAUGAACAAAUAUUAACUGUAAAAAUAAAAGCUGAACCUUCUGAGGAAGAAUCCAGUGCCCUUCAGAAUUCAAAUGUUCAACAAACAAUUGAAAAUAUUAAUAAGAAAUUUCCAGAAAUGGCUAAUUCAUUAGAGAGAAAUAUAGCUAUUUCUACAGCAUCAGAAGAAUUUCAGUCCCACUCUCUUACAUCUCAAGAAUUUUCUUUUUCGAAGAAUGGCCUCCUAAGUCGAUUGCUGAGACAGAGUCAAGAUGGCUGCUCUGCAGAUAUUCUGGACAGGAGAAACCAUGAACCGACUUUUGUGGAAUCAAAAAGUCACAGUAUGCUCCCCAAAAAGAGAAAACUGCAUUUCGAAUCUUUAGAAGGUCCUUUAAAAAUACUAAAAAGUGACAAAAGUAGAAUAUCUGAUGUCACAAACAAUCAUAAGUCUACUGCAGAUGCUUUGUAUGGGAGUGGUCUUAACCAAAAAGAAUCUAAGUUCACCAGAACUGAUCUUGAAUUAAAAUAUUCUUCAGGUUAUGGGUCAAAUAAUGAAAGUGAAAACAUAAAUUGGUCUAGAGAAAGUAAAGGAUUUAAUGUACUAAAGCAACUGCUUCUAUCAGAAAAUUGUGAAAAAGAUAUGUCUCAGCAUAGAAAUCAUUUAUCAGUAACUGAUGGCAAAAAGAAAGGAAGCAAACAUAACCUAAGAAAUAAUGACAAAUUUGAAUUCAGUGUUUCUCCUGUACAUACACUAGUAGGGAACCCUGGGCAACCAAGCAAUUGCUUGGACUACCAAACAUUUCAAUAUUCAGUUGCUAUGAAGAGUCCUGCCAGUUCUCCCUUCACUGAACAUUUGGGAGGCACAGUAUCAUCAAAGCCAGAAUGUGACCAGUUUAGCAUUUGUCAUGUACCUAAUGAAAGGGGACCUCUAAAAUGGGUCAUCACUGAUUCUGACAAAAAUGAACAUGAGAGAGACUCCCCAAGACUGACCCAAACUAAUCCGAUAUUGUAUUACAUGUUACAAAAGGGGGGAAACCCUAUCAAUAUUCAGGAAACACAUAACAAAGUUGCUUGGAGAGAUAAAUCAUUGAUAGAAAAUUCAUCUUCUGUCACAAUGAAGAAAGAGUUAUCUCCUGUCAUAGAAUGUAAAACAUUUCCUAAUAGAAGAAGUACGUACAGUAGCCAUUCAAAUAAUAAGGUAUCCAUUCAACACAAUGGACAAGUAUAUGGAUUCUUAGAAAAGGUAUUAACCAUAAAAAAAGAACCAGAAUAAGUUAUAAUCUUACAAGGUGUUUACAGUCAGGUUUAAAUCUUUUCUUUGAAUAAAGUAAUGUAAAUCUAGCAUGAUUUGAGAAGAGCAUGGUAUAGCUGUGGUUUUGUUUGAUGAAAUUUUUUGCUGAUAUUUAAAAUGCAUACAGCUUUUGUUGUUUAUUUUUGCUUUAUAGGAAAUUUAUCACAAUACAUGUCAUCAUGACUUGUUAAUUAUAUAAAUGUCCAUUAGUAAUUUGCAACUGGAUUGUACUCAGUGAGUAACUGCUAUUACUGUCCUUGCACAUAAAUAUGUGCUGAUGUAAACUCAUAUAUCUUCCUUAUAUGUUUCAAAACCAUGCAAGUGAUACAUCACAGACUUCUCAAACAGCUGUAUGUGAUUUGUAUACACGGCAAAGAAAUCAUAUGGGCAGAUUUAUUUAUAUAUACCUGGACGAAUGCAGGAAUAACUACAGAGGCAGAAGCAACUGCAGUAAGAUAUGUACAAACAGGAUCAUGUUUAGGAGUACUGGUGUUACUCAUGUAAUGCAGUAUAAUUUAAGUAUAAGGUGGAAAUGCAUCAGUCAACAUUAUACAUUUUCUCUUCUCUCACCACUGGGCUAGUAACAUCUUGUGCUGUCUGCUCAUUUAUAAAAUGUGAAGAAUAUUUUUAUAUAUAUAAAUGGAUCGUCAUUCAGACCAAGUCAUUUAUUUGUUGUUUUUGUAAUCCUUAUCAGUGUUAACUAGAGAAUUGUGCACAAUGAAAUUUCUAGUGCUUCCAAAUGGCUUUUAAUUGUGUUUUGGUAAUCUGACAGAACCACAAGAAAUAUACUGUCUUUUCUCUAGUUGCCUUCCCUAGACACUCAGCUGAAAUAAAUUAAAAUCUAGGUUAUGACUUUAAAAAAGUAAUGAAGUUGGAUCAUAAAUUGCUGGCAGUAAAAGACAAGGCUCUUUCACCACUUUCAGUUGUUUCUUUAUUUACAUUUAUUCAAACUUUCCAGUGAAAUUAACAUAUGAAUAAAGUUGAAAGUUUCCAGAACCAAUGCUGACUUAUGCUUAAAAAAGAAUAUAUAUAUAUAAUAGUCAGUCCAUCACCGUGAUCUGUUUUUUUCAUGAAUUCAUAUAUGUAAAAGAUUUAUAUAGCUAAGAUGAAAGAUGUAUAAAUUAUCAGAUGGUCUAAAACCAGCUCAUGGUCAUUUUUUUUAGCUUUUUCUAUCCCAGCAAUAACAAAGAAAUUGUAAAUUGGAAGAACUGAAUGAUUUUAACAUUUGAAUGCCUUAAAAUAAAUAAACUCUAAAUUUGAAUAUAGAACUGGAAAAAAUUGUAAAGACUAAGCAGUCACUAGUGUAAAAGGUUUUAUUUUAUUGAUUCAUAGAAGACCAGAGAUGUAGGGAGGAAAGUGGCAAGAAACCUCACUAAUAAUUUUAUUAUCCUCAGAAUUCUUGGUUUAAUUUAUUUCGCUAGAUAUUAAAUUUAUGUUAAACAAAUUUCAAGGCUAAAUAAAAAAUAGCCAACAGUUUUUUAAUUUAGAAGAUUAGUUCUGGAGAAAUGGUGGAUUGAUUAACCACAAAUCCUAUGUAUUUAUAAUUUUGAACUACCCAAGGUUAUAUACUUUUAUAUAUAAUUUUCUGCAUUUCUUUUCAUCACAUUACUUGGUAACAAUUUUCACUGCAAUUAAAUCCAGAUCAAUUCAAGUCUUCCACGGAUUUGGGGGGAAAUUGCAUCUGUUUAAGGACAAAAAGCCAAGUUUAUUGCAGCUCAGCUCAAUAGCUUUAGCUAUGGUGAAAAUGUGUGUGUAAUAGUUAUUGGUGACUGACUAAACUUUUAUAUAUAAACAUACAUAUCAUUGUUUAGACAACAUUUUAACUUAAAAAGAGAAAGGUUAUGCUGAGGUUAGAUAAGAAGAAAGGUCAUCUAAUUAUAAAUCCAGAAAUUUAUUCCCGCAAUGAUUAAUAUGCCAUCAGAUGAUUCAUGAACAAAAUAUAAAUAGAGUAACAUCCUCCCAUUUAUGUUUUUCAGAAACUACCAUUGCUCCUUGAGAAGUUAGCCAUCAUAUCUAAGUGCCAUCAGUAACUUUCUUCUCCAUGAUUUUGCCUAAUUCCUCAUUACAGCCAUACAAAUUGGUGACCUAUACUAGUAGGAGCAAACUACAGUUAUGAGUUUUGCUUCAACUCUAAGAAUAUUAUUGAGGUUCAACUCCUAUGCUUGUUAUUUGAAGAAAAGAACUAAUCAAAUUAAAUUGAACUUUUUAGUUAGGGAUAUGUAUAACAUGGAAAAUGUGUUUUGUUUUUAAAUAAAACAAACACAUUGUGCCUUGGAAGUUCUGCUGAAUUAUUCCAGGCGGCUAUGAUGCAGCAGAACUGAAACCCAGAAUAUUUUGGUUGUUUUGAAGUCUGGAGGUCUCUUACAAGAGGGGUAGUGCAAAGCUGGUGUUUUUUCUCCCUUCUCUUCUGCAUGGUCUGUGCAUCAGCUCAUUCACGAAUCUUUCCAGUGCCAUCUUUUCCCUACUUCUCAUUAUGCUGUACAUCAGCAGCAGCUAAAGGCAAAUAGGGAAAGGAAGACUUGGGAAGAUUUAGAGGGUGGGCAUGCUAGUUGGAUAGGCAGUGUUGAAGCCAAAGACAUUGGCAACAAUUCCCAACCCCUUCCUUUAUAUUUUCUAGCUGUUAUCCACCAAUUAUUUCCUUUGCUUUUGCCCAUUGGCUCCUCUCCCCCUUCCCAGCAACACACACUUUGGCCUGGGUGGAACAUAAUCAGAAACAAACUUUCUGUGCAUGGAAUGAUUCAUGCAAAGAAUGUUUUGCAAGUUUUAAUAGACAUGUAUUAAUGCACUAUUAUGAUGCAGUCUUAAAAUGUCUUAAACAUUAUUUUGGUUCAGUAGACUCUAUUCAUAUACAAAUGGGGUGAGCAGCUUACUUUUUGCUUGUUUUGUUUUGUUUUGGCCUUACAGCUUUUAGAAUUAGCCAUUCUAAUACAGUAUCUCAUUUUUCAACUAUUAAUAGUUAUAUUUGAGAUCAUGUUUGAUGGGCUUGAAUAGUUUAUUGGGUCUCAGAGAAUAUAUUAUUGGGCCUUUCAAAAUUUUCUACAAUCUAUUGCAGACUUUUGUUAUUAAAUCAAUGUGUGUAAUUAUGAAUCAAAUAUUUGUAUCUAGGAAGAAAUACCAAGCUCAAAUGACCUGCUUAGGUACAUCUUUACAUUUCAUGCAGACUGGCAUGAAAAUCUGACUAAAACCUUUUUUGCAUCUUUUUUUGAUAUCACAGUAUUUAGUUGCUUUACUCUUCUUGCCAUUUCAUCAUUCAGAUACAUGUAUUAUUUUCAUGAUAAUCAUUAGUUAGGGUUACAUUUAGUAUUUUGUGCUCUAGUCAUAAGAGGCUUUAAUGAAUUGUGGCCUGUUCAACACAAACACUAAAGGGAUUCUGUUGUUAACAGCUUAUUUUCAGUUAGGUACUAUUUAUAUAAAUAUUUCACUUCUGACAGAUGUGAACCUUUCUCUAUUUUCUGACCAUAUUAGAAAUAUUUCAAACUGCAAACACAAAAUAUCACUUUCAGUGUCUCAACCCAAACAUUUACUUCCUUGACACAGCAUACCUCAGAAUUGGGUAGCAGUUAAAAUUAAGUUAUGUAAAUCACCUGCCUUAACUUGAUUCAUGUAAUGCAGUUAAGCAUUAGAUGCUGGGAACUAUGUGUGUGUAUGUAUGCGUCUGUAUUAUGUAUGUAUGUUUGUAUAAUCACAUACUCCUGGAAGUGGUUUAGUGUCAGUUUGGCCUCAGAGAUGGCUGAGAGCCAAGAAACAAAAAGCAGCCAAUUGGCUUUAAAAAUUAUUUUAGGAACUAAGGAUUAUCCACUCCUUCUGUUUGCCUCUAUUUUGAUUUCUCCCUCUGGAUCCUAUCUGAAUCUCCUAUGUAAAUUCAGCUACAGAAACAGAAAAUAUAAUUGAGACUACUGUGUACAGAAUUGGAGUCAGAGCUUAAUUGCAAGGUUACCAGAAAAAUAUAUACAAAACUAAUAGUAACAUUUAUCUCACUCUUCCACCAUUCUAGAAAAGCAAACAUAAAUUGAGAGUUCCCCAAAAUCUGGCAUUCUCUUUUACAAUUAAAAAAAGUUGUUUUAUUUUCCACACUUCCACAUGAAUAUGGUGGGGCAUACUUGCAAGUGAAUAUUCAUAAUAUUGGGUUGCACGACUAAAAUCCAUACAUACAAAUAAAUACUAUUCAGAAUUUGUGCAAGUGGAACACCUCCAUUUAUUCACUAAAACAGACUGACUUUUUUCAGGUUUCCAGGUGAACCUGAAAAACAGAUGCACCGCUUUAAGGAUUCUGAGUCUCAACACAAUACCGCCUUUUUUCAGGCUCCUGCAGAAAUCUGAAAAAAACCCCGCCAGGCUGCUCUAAUGAAUAGCAGGGAGCUACUGUAAUUUCCCAAGAUCAGAAACACUUGAUUUUUGAGGUAUACUCAACCACCUUAAACUAUGUACUUUCUAUAACAAGAAAUAAGUGUUUUUUUCUUAUACUUCAUUUUCCCCUGGACUGAUCAUUCAAUUAUGAUAGGGCUGUCACUGAUUAGAGCAAAAUAUUACCAGUUAAUUCUCUGCUGCGUCCUAGUUGAGUAAACUGGCAAGUUAUAUUUUAUAUCUAUAUCUAUAUAUAUCUAUACAUAUGUA